AUGCUGAGCCUCAAACUGUCGUUGGUCGCCGUGGCGCCGCUCUGCUGCGCUCGGUUUCGGAGUCUGGUACCUGCUCGGAAACUGGAAACCUCUUUGGAGCAACCCGUGCGUAAACGAACCAGGAGUGGAGGAUCGGUACGGGAUGUGCCUGAGCCGGCCUUGCCCACGAACGAAGCGGUUCCAGCGGCUAUUCGAGAACUGAUUCGCGCAAGCGCUGCCUGCUCGUUUUGGGAAGAAACCCACAUCGAUGCGCUGCACGACAAGGGUCUCGUUAUUAACGGACUUGUUUUCAACAGCCGUGCGCUGCUGCUGCUGCCACACUAUGUGCUUUCGGUACCUGCUGUGAACCGUGUGAGUGACGUGAGCCGGGACGCACUUUGUUUUCUCGAACUGCUCAGACCGAUGCCUGGAACGCUCAUUCUGGGCUGCGAUGAGGCGAACGCACCCGCCGCCCGAAACCUACUUCCAGCUGAUUCAAUGGAAUAUUUGGAGAAGCAUCUUGGCGUAUCCUUCGAGAGUACGACAGUCGCUCGAGCUUGUGCAACAUUUAAUUUUUUGAACGAGGAGCGGCGCACUCCGGCUGCCCUGGUGAUCUUGGGAAGCAAACCCAGCGCUUCUGUGAAAUAA